AUGACAAAUCUUACGAACCUUGAAUUUGUGGCUCUUGAUAUUACGGGCAAGAAUUAUUUGUCAUGGAUUCUUGAUGCUGAAAUUCACUUAGAUGCUAUGGGUCUUGGUGAUACCAUCAAAGAAGGAAAUGAAUCAUCCAAUCAAGAUAAGGCUAAAGCCAUGAUUUUCGUUCGACAUCAUCUCCACGAAGGAUUGAAAACUGAAUACCUUACAGUAAAAGACCCACUUACUCUUUGGGAAAAUUUAAAGGAAAUAAUUAGUUCUCAAUUGAACUUGUGCGGAGAAAAUAUUACUCAUGAAGAUAUGUUAGAGAAAACAUUCUCUACUUUUCAUGCAUCAAAUGUGCUCCUGCAACAACAAUAUAGAGAAAAAGGUUUUAAAAAAUAUUCUGAACUAAUUUCAUGGCUUCUUGUGGCUGAACAAAAUAACGAGCUAUUAAUGAAAAAUCAUGAAGCUUGCCCAACAGGUUCUACUCCAUUCUCUGAAGUGAAUGUGACAAUAUCUAAUAAUUAUGGGCGUGGGCGAGGUCAUGACCAUGGGCAUGGGCGAGGUCAUGACCAUGGGCGUGGGCGAGGUCAUGACCAUGGGCGUGGGCGAGGUCAUGGCCAUGGUCAUGGCCGUGGUUGUGGACAUGGUCAAAGUUUUAAUAAUCACAAUUGUUGUGGUUAUAACUCAUUUAAUUAUAAAAGCCACCAGAAGUGGAAUAAUGAUGAAGAGGAAAACGAAAAGGGCAAAAGUGGACAACAUAAAAAUUUGAAGAAUAUAGAAAAUCUAUGCUAUCGAUGUGGCAUGAAAGGAUAUUGGUCACGUACCUGUCGUAUGCCUAAACAUCUUGUUGAACUUUAUCAAGCAUUGUUGGAAGAAAAAGAGACAAAUAUGACAGCAAAUUUUGCCUACCAAAAUGAAAAUAGAGAAGCAAAUUUUACUUAUCAAGAUGAUAAUGUUGAUCAUGGACCUGUUGAUAUAACACAUCUGAUAUUUCGAAAAUCCUAA